GACUUCACAACAGCACUAACAUAGACCUGGUUCAUGGGAAAGUGGGUCACCGGUCCCGAGUCACUUUCACUUAUUACAUGGGCUCCUAAUCAUUUUCCAUUGUAACCCCGUGCUGACAACACGUCUCUCGGAAGGGGAUUCGCUGUUGAGGCGCUCUUGGACGGUCCGCGCUGGUCAGUUUGCUCACUGAACUCCGUCGAGACGGAGGUGUUCCGUUCCACUGUCGGUGCGUGUGUGUUAUGUGUGCUUGGAUAGCUCCUCCACCGGAUUACUCUUGCACUGGAAUACUGUGUUGUGUCAGUGUUAUGCUUCGGCUUUACCAUGCCCCUAAAUUUCUUCUCUUUCGUGGUGACCUAACCGAACAUAGAGAUUCAUUCCUCGUUGGUCUCGCUUCUGACUAGUCCUUUAAAACGUGUGACUGUUGUGAAAUGUUACUGGACAUGGAGAACCACUCGACGUUGUUAUCUCUGAAUAUGUCCCCUUUUAACGCGAAUUCGGGGGACUCGCCCGCCGGCGCCCAGGCCUCCAGUCCCAUGCCCCAGUACGGCUCGCCCCCUGUCACCUACAACAGCUGCCAGCAGUCCAUGGGUCUGCCGCACCACCAGCAAUCCAUGAUGAUGUCCCAAAACAUGAAUAACCUAGACGCGUCUUAUAUCUUUUCUUCAGGAGCCAGCGCAAUUUCCGGCGUCGACAUGGGCGCCAGUUACCAGAUUUCCGGGCCGGCGACGUCCCUCACCGCCGGAGACCUCCCCGACACGAAGGACGGCAUCGAGGAGCUCUGUCCUGUCUGCGGCGACAAAGUCUCUGGAUACCAUUACGGCCUCCUCACUUGUGAAUCAUGCAAAGGAUUUUUCAAACGAACUGUUCAAAAUAAGAAAGUUUACACGUGCGUGGCGGAAAGAAGUUGUCACAUAGACAAAACGCAAAGAAAAAGGUGUCCCUACUGCCGGUUUCAAAAGUGUUUAGAAGUCGGGAUGAAACUCGAAGCUGUCCGAGCAGACCGAAUGAGGGGCGGCAGGAACAAAUUCGGCCCCAUGUACAAACGAGAUCGGGCACGAAAACUUCAAAUGAUGCGACAACGACAGUUGGCGGCGCAAACAUUAAGGGGAAGCUCUCUUGGGGACGCUAUGUACAACAGCCAACCAGGAACAUCACCAUUCGCAAACAUUCACAUAAAGCAAGAAAUCCAAAUUCCGCAAGUGUCAUCGUUAACGUCAUCACCAGACUCGUCCCCCAGUCCCAUCGCCGUCGCUCUCGGUCAAGUCAACACCUCCAAUCUGGUCCAGCAAGCGUCCAAUCAACAGCCGGCCCUGCAGAUUGUCGGAGUGCCCGGAGGCCCCUCGUCGAUGGUGAUGGGGCCCGACAACAAGCUCUGGGGCUCCGCCAAUUCCACCACCACGUCGCCCCAUUCUCUCAGUCCAAAAGGGUUCCAGUUUGAGACGGUGGUUCAAGGGGGCAGUGCUCCACCGUCGAGUAAAGUGUCACCGCUUAUCAGGGACUUUGUGCAAGCCAUCGACGAUCGCGAGUGGCAAAACUCUUUGUAUACUUUACUCCAGAACCAAACGUAUAAUCAGUGUGAAGUGGACUUAUUUGAACUUAUGUGUAAAGUUUUGGACCAAAAUCUGUUCUCUCAAGUCGAUUGGGCGAGGAAUUCUGUGUUCUUUAAAGAUCUCAAGGUGGAUGACCAAAUGAAAUUACUCCAACAUUCGUGGUCGGAUAUGCUGGUUUUGGAUCACAUGCACCAGCGCAUGCACAACAAUCUUCCUGACGAAAUGACUCUUCACAAUGGUCAAAAGUUCGAUUUGUUAAGUUUAGGAUUAUUAGGCGUACCCAGUUUAGCAGAUCACUUCACUGACAUCACAGCCAAAUUGCAAGAACUCAAAUUUGACGUUAGCGACUACAUCUGUGUUAAAUUUUUAUUGCUGCUUAAUCCAGUGUAUUUUUUAGAUGUGCGAGGAAUCACAAACAAGAAACAUGUACAAGAAGGUUACGAACAAGUUCAACAAGCUUUACUCGAAUAUACGGUGACGUGUUACCCACAAAUCCAGGACAAGUUCAACAAGAUGAUGCAACUGCUACCUGAGAUUCACAGUUUGGCAACGCGAGGGGAAGAGCACCUCUACCACAAGCACUGCAACGGCAGCGCGCCAACUCAGACGCUCCUGAUGGAAAUGCUCCACGCGAAAAGAAAAUAACGGCCGUCCGCCUCUUCGUUUUCGUUACCAUAUCUGUGUGCAAUACCAGCUUACGACACUGUACAUAGGUUACUGGAAAUCUUGUAGUUGUUGAAAUUGAUGCCUUCAUGAAGUACAAAGAGCUAGGGCGGCCAGGCCGCACCGCCACCACAUAUUUUUAUAAAAUAGAGAGCGGCCACAGCACCCUGCUCCGUUGUUUAAUUUAUGAUAAAUGUUACGUUGAUUUAAGUUUUAUGAACGACACACACACACAAAACACACAUUCCAGAUGUGCUCUGGAGGGAUUCAAGGGCAUCCUAGCGUAGGGUAGCGUAGCUUUUAAGAAGCGCGAGUGACAAAUGAACAGCGAACGAAUGCUUGCUUGUGGUUGGUUGGAUAUUGCAGACCAAGUGCACUGCACUGUUUCUUCAACGUUUUAAUCUUAGUACGUGUGGGGACCGUCUUCGAGGACGGCUCUUCUUGUUAGCUUAACCAUGGUGAUGGACUAACAGCUGUAAUUUUAUGUAAUUAUAGAAAUAUACAUACUAUAUAUACACAAUUUAUUACUAGUUAUUAAGUUUAAUUAUAUUAUAAAUAUAUUUGAUUAUGUUACAUAUAUGAAUGUUAAUAUUAUGUGAGAGCAAGGUACUGUGGUCUAACCUGUGUUAUUGUUAUCAUUAAAUUGAUAAAUACUACUGAUUGUUUGUGUUGUGCAGGCUACCUCUAAAGUCUCCUUCGCGUGGGGCCGCUGUGCGAGCCCCGCUGCGCUGGUCAGCGGAGUCUAUUUAUCUGUUAGAGUAUCUUGCCCUGUGACAUGCAAAAAGGCCCUGAGCUUACUAUUGAUUGAUCAGAUAUAUAUUUAUAUAUAAAAUACGUACACUUAUUUAAGCAGUGUGAUUGAGAAGAUGUAUAUAUAAUUUAUGUGGAUCAAAGUGACUUGUUUGUAGAAAUAAAUCACAGUGAAUUAA